CCUCCUUUCCUUUCCCUCCUUUCUCCCAUCGUUCCUUUUCUCUUCCUUUUUCAACGGCACAACUCUGAAACGAGGCCGUCAUGGCGUCUAGCGAGCAUCUGGGUGGUACCACUAAUGAUCCUGCAGUGGAUGGGUCUCUAGAAGCAGCCACUGGUAUUCCAGAUGAUGAGACUAAUCCAUCACUGCCUCAGAGCUGGUCAAACUCUCGGAAAUGGCUCAUCGUGAUCGCCUUGUCAUUGAUGUCCCUGAUGGCCAACAUGUCGCUCGUCAUCUGCUCUCCGGCAACUUCUGCCAUAGAAAAGGAGUUCAACAAUUACAGCAGCUUUCUUUCAGUCUUCUACAUCACCAUCCCCAAUCUCGGUCAAGCCAUCUCUCCACUCUAUAUUGGCCCCUUGUCCGAGCGUCUCGGGCGUCUGCCAGUCUGUCACUUUUUCAAUGUCUUGUUCCUAAUUUUCACCAUGAUCGCAGGCUUCAGCAACAGCAUCGCCAUGAUCAUUAUCUUCAGGUUCCUAGCUGGCUCGUCCAUCGCUUCCAUUUGCCUGAACCCGGCCAUCACCGGCGAUCUAUUUGCCAUCAAGAAACGUGGAUCCGCCAUGUCAAUCACGAGUAUGAUUCCUAUCCUUGGUAGUGCCGUGGGCCCCAUUGCCGGAGGUUACAUUACGCAGUACCUUAGCUGGCGCUGGACGUUCUGGCUGAUGGCGAUUGUCACUUCCUGCAUGUCGCUAUUCAUGGCUCUUGUCCUGAAAGAGUCCUAUGUGCCGGUAAUACGCCAAAAAGCACUGAAGAAGGCUAAUGGGUCCGAGGAAAAGGUCGAAUCACCAUCAAAAUACUUCACAGGAUGGAAUGUGACAACAGUCAAGGCACUGGCUCUGCUCACCAUACGUCCCUUUGUCAUCUUAAGCCGCUCUCGCAUCGCAGUGCUUAUGGGCUUUUACCUGUCAAUUCUAUUCGCCUAUGUCUCGCUCAUCGCCGCGACCCUUGCAACUGUCUUUCAGGAAACCUAUGGCUUCUCUGAGAGUCAAUCGGGCCUCAUUUACAUCGCUUUAACUAUUGGCACGCUGACCGGCGCUCUCAUGUGCCGCUUCACCCUCGAUUACUUCCUGCUACGGGGAUUGUCGGCCAAAAAGCCCAAUGAUUCAGAUUGUGCCACUCCACGCCCUGAAAACCGUCUGAUACCGAUCAUCCCCGCGAUGGUCGCUUUUCCCAUCGGCCUAUUCCUGUACGGCUGGUCGCUCCAGAGACGCUUCCACUGGAUCGUGCCGACCCUAGCUACCGUGCUAUGUGGCUUUUCGCUGUCCAGUAGCACAACCCCGAUCAUGAACUACCUGGUGGAUAUUUUUGGGGAUCGCUCUGCUUCUGCUGUUGCCGCUGUGCUGCCUCUACGCUACAUUUCUGGCGCUUUUAUGCCUGUCGCUGCUCCGUAUAUGUACUCUAAACUCGGCUACGGCUGGGGUAAUUCAUUACUGGCGUUUGUGCUGCUGGUCGUCGUGCCCAUACCGCUGCUGGUAAUUGUCCAGCCGUAGAGGAUGAGAGCGCUGACAGUUGUGCGGUGAGCAGAUAGACUAGAAUAGAUUGUUGGUAAAUAACAUUUUGGGAAUAAGAUACCAUUCAAGCUAAAAAGGUGUCAGCUGGGACGCUAAUUAGGUGCUAAAGAUGCAACUAUUGCUCUUUAACACGCUGACUUUUGGGCAAUUCUUGGUAAAGCGUACUGCCUAUAUAGGAAGGUGGUUGAAGUUGUGGUGGCGAAUUGUUUACCUAUUUAGUCUAGAUAAAGAAGCAAUAUUAACAAAGAGAUCUAUCAACC